UCGGCAGGUGAGUUACGGGCAGAAAAAAAGUUACUUACAUGCUUCAACUUCCAAGUUAGCAACCCUUCACUUGCGAAUACGUGAGUAGCUUAAGUAUUACUUCGUUAGGCAUAAGAGAUUCGUAUUCCAGUCUUCUGCCGAUUGGACAAUUACAGCUAAUUUUAGAGCGCAUUCAAUAUCCAAUGAUCAGCUAAUAUGUGAAUAACCAAUAGCCAAAAUGUUAUCUAGCUAUCGCGGCGCUUAUACUUCGUACAACUGUUUAAGAUUAGAGUGGCAAAAUCGUUAUUUAUACAUAAACGUAAUAUAAAAUUGAUUUACAAAUUCAUAUUUUGCAUACAAGUUAAUUACAAGAAGCUAUUGAAAUUAUUAUUUUUCAAAACUUGAUAAAAUCAGAUGCGACAUAUGAAUAUGUUGUUUUUUAAACAAAUCGUUGCAUUUAUUAACUAUCGUAUUUCAUUUAAUAGUAUUUUAAGGUCUGUUUUGGAUUAUUUAAAGUGUAACAAAAUUUAUACAGGUUUAGAGUAUAGAUGACGAGAAUGUUGUGUAUGAAAGAUAUACUACUCUAAUUGUUGAAAGAUUGCAAGAUUUCUAUAUUCUAUAUAUCGUUCCAAUCCCGAAAUCCUCUAUAUUUUAAAUAAUUACGGUAUUCUCUUGUAAUUAUCAUAAUAUAACAGAGUCUUUAGCUACGCUGUCAUCAAUUGUUUAUAUUAUACCUGUACCACAAUAGAACGUCCAACUAACGACCAUGGCCGUACAUCAAGAUUUGUAUGCCCUGCGCCAUGCUGUUCACGAAUUUUUACACGUAUACCAAAACACGAAUGAUAUACGACGUAUAAUUUAGAACUUUUGUUAAUAGUUCGUUUAGUUAUUUUUUUGUGCUUGGAAAUAAAGUCGGGGUUUGAGAGAUUGUUCUAUAAGAACAUUUGUCGAUCAAACAAACGUACAAAGGUUAUAACCUAAGGCUAUAGUAUUCAUGAAAUAGAAUUAUGAAAAGCAGACUCGGAACUAUCUCUGAUCCUAUUUGACGAGUUCCGAGAGAGCGGUGUUAUACUUUCUAGGCAAAAGUGUAAAUGUAAGUGUAAAGCGAAAAGAAAUGGGCAUCCCUGUUUCGUUAGACAUCCCUACGGGGAGCACUGGCACCACGGUAGGUUAGUUGAGCAGCGUAGUCUCUAGCAAGUGUUUCCCCGAAUAUGGCGGACGGUGGUUAUUCGAAUUUUCAAGGGACACAAUGAAAGUGCACCGAGUUCGCGGCGGUGAUGUCCGUGUCUAAGGGCGUGUGGUGAUCCUGAGGGUGGCCGACGUAGAUACCCGGGCGCCGCCGUGAUCGUAACGGUUGCAUGCGUGCCGGCGUGUCGCCAUCCUGACUUCACGGGAUAGGGUUUUGCCGCGCCGCGAUUCUGUGUCUGAGAGCGACCGACCGUGGCGGGGCCCCCAUGCUUGUAAAUGGCUGACGGGAAUCGGAAAAUGAGGGCCGAACGUCGCGCGUGAUUCGACGGCCAAGACGCUGAGGUAUACGCGAUACUUUUUUCAUUCUUGUAACGUACUUAUCGCCGCUUGUAAUGGACACGUACAUAAAUGAAUGAUUUGGCGGACCAUCUAUUUUGCACAUUUGCGUGGACCAAGCAUUAUGUGUACGUGCAUAAACAGGGUAGAAAAUGUCAGAGCCAGAAGAAAGUCUGGCAGCGCCGGAUAGCACUACGAGGGAACAGAAAUUGGGUUUCUCUCAUGGGGACGACGUUCUUCUUCAGCACAAAGAUGGAAAAUAUUAUCUUGGAACGGUUGUCGAGGUGGAUUUGGCAAGGGAGAAAUGCCUUGUCAAAUUUAUGGACAACACCUCCGCAUGGUCCUCUGUUAAGGAGCUGACAAAGCUAUCGAUGCCAGAUUCUGAUGUUAUGUGUGUUCUUUGUAAAAAAUCUCAGCCCAAGACUGAUAACGACAUUAUUGUUUGCGACAAAUGUGGUCGUGGUUAUCACCAACUUUGUCAUCAGCCUCAAAUAUUAAAAGAAGAAACUGCAGCCGAGGCGCAUUGGAUGUGUAAAAGAUGUGUAGAUAGUCAACCGCGUGCGCGUGAAGUUGUAGAACCGAAAACUUCUAUGGUAAAGGCAAGUAUCAGAAAAGUUUGCAGUGGUAGGGACCAACCUCAGCCGCCACCAGAUGAUAUGACAAAGUUGCCGUACGAUCCCAAUAUGUUAAAUUGGGAUGCGCAUCAUAGAGUAAAUGCGGAACAAAUUUAUUGUUAUUGCGGACUCAAUGGCGAAUGGUAUACGCAAAUGUUGCAAUGUGCUCGUUGCAAGCAAUGGUUUCAUGAAAAAUGUGUCAGUUGCUUAACUUAUCCUUUAUACAGUGGAGAUAGGUUUUAUGUGUUUGUUUGUUCAAUGUGCAAUUAUGGCAAAGAAUUCGUACGGCGACUGGAAUUGAAAUGGGUAGAUCUGGUGCACCUGAUGUUGUACAAUUUAACUGUUUACAAUGCUAAAAAGUAUUAUGAUUUGGACACUGUUAUCGUACCUUAUGCCAAUGAUAACUGGAACACUUUGCAGCUUCCUCCACGGAUCAGGGAUGUCAGUGCUCAAAUACGCAGAGAAUCUAUACUAGCAAUAUUGACAAAUAAUAGGAACAGAUUCAAAUGUGGCAGAGAAAUAAAGAAACGUACUACGAUAUGGGGUCUUAGAGUUAGGUUACCACCACCGUGUCCAAUUGUUAAUCUUCCAGCAACUGGUGUAAUAGAUGAUUCUGUGUUACGUAGAUGCUGGGGUGCUAAUAAAAGACUGCAAUAUCUUCCUCCGCCUACAGGACCGAUAUCAUUACCAGAAAGUACAAAACAAUUAACUGCAUUGAAACAAAGUACAGCAGAGAACUUGGAAAUUCCAGUAAAUCCAUCGGACGUGGUAAUGCGUGGAACAAUUUAUCAGAACUCGGAAGCGGAACAAAGUUCAUGUCCGAGUCCAAGCCCACCGAGUCAAUCGACGCAGUCCCUGAGGGAAAGGUAUAUCGGAGGUGGCUUUGUAAAGAAAUCAUUCCCGUUUCCCAAACUUAGUUUGCAAAGAAGGAGACGUUUAAUGGCAUUAGGAAGUUCUCGCGAAAGGAUGUUACGUAAACACAAGAAAAGAGAAAAGAGCGACGGUGUUUUAAGCAAAGCUCAGGGCGUUCGAGAAGCUAGAUAUAGGAAAGCAAGGAAAUUAUUGAAGAAUGCUAUAGCUAAGAGUAAAUCCCGUAACUCGGAAACAUCCGAUCUACCACCGACACCUCCAACUUCAGUUUCUGGCCCACCUACGCCGCCAGCCACAACUUCGGGUAUAUCUGAACUAUCUGUGCCUAGUUCUGUGGAAUUGAUGCAUCCUUUACCACCAUCUACGCCUGCGGAUACAAGCGGGGAUGAGACCAGUUCAAGAGGAACCUUGGACUCCUUUAUUCCACCACCCAAAGACUUUGAAGGCAAGAAUAAUCCUUUUAGAAAUCUGAGUGAUUUAUUGGGUACACCUGGCAAUCAUCUGACUCAAACAAAUUCAAGUACCCCGUCACCGUACAAUCAAUGUCCAAUUACAUUACCUCUACCGCUUACUCCUGUUAUAUCUCAACCGCCGGUAGUGCGGCCAGCCAAAAGACAAUUAUCGGAAAAAGACAUUAUUAUAGACAGAAACGGGCAAGUUAAACGUAGACGUCAACAUCGGAGAGGACGUCCAUCGCAACAGCAGAUACAACAGCAGUAUCAGCAUACUGCCAGUAAAACGGCAACCAUCUUACCGGCACGUAAUAACGAAAUUAAAAGUGAAUUUGCAAGGAAUUUAAGAAGUUCGUUUAACGGUGCCUCGAGCAGUGCUAGUAGUCAAAUUGGAAAUUGUGUCGAUUAUGCCUUAAACGGGAGGAGACUAAGACAACGUCAAAACAAUGACAAAUUACCGCCUCCAGAUCCACAACCACAAAAGAAGGGUAGCGUACCUUCGUCCCCAAAGUGUUCGCCUGUUAAACAAAGUGCGCCCGACAUAUCUCUGGAUGAUCUAAAAUCAUCGGUGAACAUAUAUUUUGGAGCAGCUAAUAGAAUCGCUGCUGGUGAAAAGUUUGUCAUCAGAGCAAAGAGGAUAGGACCAAACGGUCAGACUCAAUACCUAAUCGAGUGGGAGGGACUUAAUACUUAACAAUAAAUCAU